AUGUCCUCCUCAUACGCCGCGCUGCAGCUCGAGCACCCGUCGCUCCCGGCCUUCCAACCCUUCCUCUCCCCCUCAUCACUCCAGCCGCUCUCGAUCCUCUUCCUCGCCAUCGCAUUUGUGUUGACGUUCUAUUUCUCGACGCUGCGGAGCAAGUCGACUCUCCCCGUCUCCGAGCUAGCAGUCGGCGGACUGGCAAGCGUCUUCGGCGGUUUCGGACUCGUCUUUGCGUUCUGCGCGAUCGGGGCGAACGUCUAG